UACUCGCUCUUGACGGUGGUCACACAGACAGGGGAUUCGCUGUCAAGAGGGUGGAUGUCUAAAGCUGGAAAUGACCUAGAGGCCUUACAGAUACAUUUGUGCUUUUGUCGCUCUAAUCUGCAUCCGCGGAGAACAGCGAGAUCUGGAAGCAUACUUGUUUCCGCAGUGAGUAAUAUCUACCUCAGCCAGCAGACAGGGGAGAGACCAGGAAGCUGCUGGAGACUCCAGACAGGCAGACGGAGCUAUCAGCUGGCCACUUGCUCACUGCCCGCAGAGUCCUGCUUUGUGAAGAGGAUUUGAGACGGACUGGAUCUGUCUGCCCUUCGCCUCCCACUCCUCCUCUACCAGCCGGUGCAGAAGCAAAGCCGAGGCCACAUCCUCUGAUUCCAGCAUUUACACUUGAUUUUUUUUUUUUUUUUAAGUACUGUCAUUUCCCUCCGUACUGUUGACCAGUGUGUCAUUUUCCUUGGAUUCAUUUUUCAUUUUUGCUUUCAGCUUUUAAAAGGAUUUUCUAUUUUUUAUUAGUGCAGGCUGGUGUAGGUUUAUAUAUGUACAUACAUAUGUGUAUAUACUCUAUAUACUGUAUGAAGAAGGAAUUGUUUUGCACCAUUCUGAAGGAAAGUUAAUGCGCUUUAAAACUUGGCUGUUGUACUCCUUUGAAAUUAAGGAGUGUUUUUGACUCUUUCUCUCUAUUAUGAUCAUUUUGUCUGAAGCUGGAAACAGAGAAUCUGGAGGUGUGUCUUUGCUGUUUUUUACACUUGGCCUGACAUAUCUGCAGCAGGGCUGCAUGUAAGCAUUUCGCUUAGCCUGCCAGUCUUUUUGAUCGCCCUCUGACCUCGCCCACUUCUGUGCUGCCACUCUACUAGGCACACUGAGAUGAGCCUCUGGCAGGUGGAACCCCUAGGCUGUCUUUUUACAUGAUUUGAACAGUUUCAGGAUUGUUGGGUUUGGUGUUUUUUUGUAAAGCAGACAAGAGCACUUUGCGUGGAAAAGUAAACUAAAAACAGGAGCUUCCGGUGCUGUUGCACCACUUAUGUAUUGUUGUAGUGCGCAGGAAAGUAAAAUGGACUACAAGCGUCGCUUUUUGCUCGGCGGGUCCAAGCAGAAAGUGCAACAGCACCAGCAGUACCAGAUGCCUGAGCUGAGCCGGACCCUGAGCGCCUCCUUGGCCUCCUCUUGCUCGGCCUCUUCGCCCAUGGGCACUGGGGUGGGCAUGCCCGGCAGCUGCCACCCACCUCCUUCUGCCACCACCACUGCGGUCGCCGACAUCCAGCAAGGCAUCUCUAAAUAUUUGGAUGCCCUCAACGUGUUCUGCAGGGCCAGCGCCUUCCUCACAGACCUGUUCAGCAGUGUGUUCAGGAACUCUCACUAUUCCAAAGCAGCUAUGCAACUGAAGGACGUGCAGGAACACGUCAUGGAGGCGGCCAGCAGGCUGACUGCAGCAAUAAAGCCUGAGAUCGCCAAGAUGCUGAUGGAGCUGAGUGCUGGGGCUGCAAACUUCAAAGACCAGAACGACUUCAGCCUGCAGGAUGUUGAGGUACUGGGUCGGUGCUUCCUGACGGUGAUGCAGGUCCACUUCCAGUUUCUAUCACAGGCUUUGCAGAAGGUCCAACCUGUGGCUCAGUCCUGUCUGGCAGAGGCUCUUGCCCAGGCCCAGGAGCGUUGUGCCAACGCCCGCUCCCAAAGCUCCAACCUGGGGCCCCUCACAGAGCUGGAGGAAGCCUCCCGCUCAUGGAAAAGUGCAGCUGAGGCCACGGCGCGGCUGAGAGAGAGGGGCCGGGAUGGCUGCCUGGCAGGCAUCCAGGUUCAGCAGCUCUUCUGCUCCAACAACACCACCAUCCCUGAGCACCAGCUGAAGGAGCUCAACAUGAAGAUUGACAAUGCUUUACAGGCCUAUAAAGCAGCACUAGAGAGCCUGGGCCAUAGUGAGUAUGCACUGAAGGCCGGCUUUCAUCUUAACCCCAAAGCUGUGGAGGCAGCCUUAGAGGGCUGCUGCAGUGAGGUGGAGGCCCAGCAGGCAGGGAGGAUGCAAACCACCUCCCAGCCCAUCCAGUGUGAGCUGCCCACCAUUCCUGUGCAGAUUGGCUCACAUUUCCUCAAAGGAGUGUCCUUCAAUGAGUCAGCGGCUGAAAACCUCAAACUGAAGACGCACACGAUGCUGCAGCUCAUUAAGGAGGCGCUGGGCCAGAACGGAGUGACCCCCAGGGACGACUCUCCCGUCACAGAGGUCCUCAACCAUGUCUGCCCAUCCAGUUGGAGAGGAGCCUGCAAGACAGCUGUUCAGCUGUUGUUUGCCCAGGCUGGUCUGGUGGUUGUUGAUACAGCACAGAUUGAGAACAAGGAGGCGUAUGCUCCCCAGAUCACACUGGAGGGCUCCAAGGUCGUGGUCCAGGUUCCUUCUACAUGGUGUCUGAAGGAGGACCCAGCCACCAUGUCCUUGCUCCAGCGAAGCUUGGACCCAGAGAAGACGCUUGGUCUAGUAGACAUGCUCUACACAGCAGUGUUUGACAUCAACAGAUGGAAGGAGAGAAAAGAGCAGGCCUUGCCCACUAUUCAGAUACAGCUGCAGCGGGAGAGCCCAGACUAUGGUGGCCAGGCAGAUCUGCCUCCAGGCACCAGCUCUAAGACCUCCAGUGGACUGCCCAAAACAAUAUCCAAGCUCACUUCCAAGUUCACCAAGAAGGUCUCAUCCAGCUCUAAUAGUGGGGGCAGUUACUCCAUCCCUAGCACCCCAUCUCGCAGCAUGCUAACCAGUAGCUCGGAGGAUAAGGCCAAGAGUCUGGGCCACAGCGACGGGAGGCUACAGAGUAUCCUGCAAAUGGGAAGCCUGUCCUGCACCCAAGACUCUACACAGCAAGGCCAGUUAGCCAAUGGCUCGGUGUCCGAGGACCAGGGGAUGAACCUGCCGACUGACCAAGAGAUGCAGGAUGUCAUCGACUUUCUCUCAGGAUUCAACAUGGGUAAAUCCCAGCAGGCCUCGCCCCUGGUCAAGAGGAGGAACUCUGUGGCGUCCGCAAACCCCGCUGAGCUGAAGCCACCUAGUGGACCUCCGCCAACAUCCCAGUCCAUCUCUCACAGUGCCCUGCAGCCCCCAGCUCAGACCCUGCCCCAGCCUCCAUCUGUGCAGAAGCAGCAGCAGCAGCCUCAGCCACAACCGCAGCCAGCUCCUCCGCAGCAACAGCAGCCCCAGCAGCAGCAGCAGCCCCCUCCUCCACCCCAACAGCCGUCUCCACAAGCCCUGCAGUUCUACCAGCACCUCGUGCAGCCCAUCAGUCAGCAGCAGCCACCUCCUCCUCAGCUUCCUCCUCAGCAGACCCCGCCACAGGUCCUGCCACAGCAGAGAGUGGCAAGCAAGUGGCUUGGCACAUCUGGGCAACAACCUCCACCGCAAGGCCCCCCAGCAGGGCUGUCACCUCUGGGUCCCAUCGGGCAGUGGGGAUCCCCUGGACUACCAGAUCUGAGCUCGGACUUGUACAGCCUGGGCCUGGUCAGCACCUACAUGGACAGCGUCAUGUCAGAGAUGCUCGGUCAGAAGCCGCAGGGGCCCCGCAACAACACUUGGCCCAACAGGGACCAGAGCGAGGGAGUAUUUGGUGUCCUGGGAGACACGUUGCCAUUUGACCCAGCAGUUGGCUCUGACCCGGAGUUUGCACGUUACGUCGCCGGCGUCAGUCAGGCCAUGCAGCAGAAACGGCAGGCGCAGCACAUCCGCCACCCUAGCAACACACGCAGCAACUGGCCAAUGCCUGAUGAGCAGCACAGGGCCUGGUCCCACCCUGAGUAUUACAGUGAGGGUGAGGCCGUGAACAGCAGCUGGUCAGCCAAUCAGGGGGACUCAGCCAGCUCCAGCGAUGAGACGUCUUCAGCCAAUGGUGACAGCCUGUUCUCCAUGUUUUCUGGGCCAGACCUCGUAGCGGCAGUUAAACAAAGGAGAAAACACAGCUGUGGUGAGCCGGAGGUGUGCACCCUGCCCUCACCACCACUCCAUCACAUCGGCGAUGAUAACCAAGACUCCAAAACUAAAACCUGGCCUCCCAAAGCACCAUGGCAGCACUCAACCCACACCAACACCAUGCCCAAUCCCAGCUCUUCCUUGUAUCAGAUGAACAUCCCUCCUUCCUCCCAGUGGAGCGACUCCAUGCAGAUGCUGCAGUCCCCGGUGUGGUCCACUGCCAGCGACUGCUCCCCCUCCACCGGCAUCUCCUCUGGUUUUCCCUUCACCCAGCAACAGCAACAGCAACAGCAACAGCAGCAGCAGCAACACAAACCCAUGACCAAGGGCUUUAAAUCCUUCCCCCUCAAACACGAGCACAGGCCCUCCUACCUUCACCAGUACUGACCAAUCUAAUGUUGAACGAGUCCACGGUGAAGUGCCACGGAGGACCUGUAGCUCUGUUAGAUGAGCCACUGAGUGGGCCGAGCUGCAGCCUUUUACAGUCCACACCCACUGAAUUGGAAGAUUUCAAAGCCUCAGAGGCAAAAAAAAAAAAAAAAAAAUUAAGUAAUACACACUGGCUCGACAUUUU